ACCAAGUCAGCCACAGCCAGCACUUGGAUCACAGAGGAGCCGUGAGUGCGAGCAGGUCUUUAGGAAAGUCAGGACUGGGAGGAGCUGGGAGAGGCGGCCUCACCCUCAGGCUGCAGGGCUGACGGUCGCCUUGCUCGGACUCGGGCUCCAGAGGCGCGAUGAGCUCACAGGGAGACCCUGCCCAACCAGGUCCCGAGGGCGGCAGAAGCACCCUGUCUGCCGAGGAGGAUGCUAAGUGGCUGCAAUGGGUGACGCGCCAGUUUGAGGCCAUUGCGGGAGAGGACCGGGAGAUCAACUUGCAGGAAUUCAAGGCGGCUCUGAACGUGAAAGAGUCCUUCUUUGCGGAGCGAUUCUUUGCCCUGUUCGACUCGGACAAGAGCGGCACCAUCACCCUCCAGGAGCUGCAGGAGGCGCUGACCCUGCUCAUCCACGGGGGCCCUAUGGACAAACUCAAGUUCCUUUUCCAGGUGUACGAUGUCGAUGGCAACGGCUCCAUCGACGCGGACGAGCUGCGCACCGUGCUGCAGUCGUGCCUGCGCGAGAGCGCCCUCUCGCUGCCCGCCGAGAAGCUGGACCAGCUCACGCUGGCGCUCUUCCAGUCGGCCGACCGGGACGGCAACGGGGCCAUCACCUUCGACGAGCUGCGGGACGAGCUGCAGCGCUUCCCCGGGGUCCUGGAGAACCUCACCAUCAGCGCUGCGCACUGGCUGACCCCGCCUGCCGCCAGACCUCGCCCGCGCCGGCCACGCCUGCUGACCCCCGCCUACUGGCACAACCACCGCAGCCUGCUGCUCUGCCUGGCCGCCUACGCGGGCCUCCACGUGCUGCUCUUCGCGCUGGCGGCCAGCGCGCACCGGGCCCUGGGCGCCAGCGUCAUGGUGGCCAAGGGCUGCGGCCAGUGCCUCAACUUCGACUGCAGCUUCAUCGCGGUGCUGAUGUUCAGGCGCUGCCUUACCUGGCUGCGGGCCACGUGGCUGGCUCAGGUCCUGCCCCUGGACCGCAACAUCCAGUUUCACCAGCUCAUGGGCUACGUGGUGGUCGGGCUGUCCCUCGUGCACACGGUGGCCCACGUGGUGAACUUUGCGCUGCAAGUCCACUCUGGAGCCAGCCCUUUCCAGUUCUGGGAGCUGCUGCUCACCACCAGGCCCGGCAUCGGCUGGGUGCACGGCUUGGCCUCUCCGACAGGUGUUGCCCUGCUGCUGCUACUGCUGCUCAUGGUCGCCUGCGCUAGUGCCUGUGUCCGCAGGAGCGGCCACUUUGAGGUGUUCUAUUGGACCCACCUGGCCUACCUCCCCAUGUGGCUUCUGCUCAUCUUGCAUGGACCCAAUUUCUGGAAGUGGCUGCUGGUCCCCGGCACCCUGUUCUUCCUGGAGAAGGCUGUUGGACUGGCAGCGUCCCGCAUGCAGGCCUUGCGCAUCGUGGAAGUCAACCUCCUCCCCUCCAAGGUCACUCACCUCCUCAUCCGGCGGCCGCCUCUCUUCCACUACCGGCCAGGCGACUACUUGUACCUGAAUGUCCCCACCAUCGCGCGCUACGAGUGGCACCCUUUCACCAUCAGCAGUGCUCCCGAGCAGAAAGACACCAUCUGGCUGCACGUCCGGUCGGAAGGCCAGUGGACAAACAGGCUGCACGAGUUCUUCCAGGCAUCGGACCCCGUGGGCUUUGGUCCCAAGAGGCUAUCGAGGAGUCUGAGGCUGAGACAGAGCCAGAGGAGGCCCCAGGGUGUGCAGCCCCAGCCCGUCCAUUCCGGGGCCCCAGCCCAGGGAACAGUGGCCACCUCCAAGGACGCCGUCGUGGACCUGGUGUCCUACAGGGAAGGACCUGCCUGGCAGGGCGGUGAAGACCGGGCGUGCACUGGGACCGAGAGAGAGGCUGCAGCACCAUGGACAGCAUCUUCCGCAGCCCCGGCCCCCGAGAUGCCCUCCGAGAACCACCAGUUCUGCAACAUCAAGUGCUACAUCGACGGCCCUUAUGGGAGCCCCACCCGCAGGAUCUUCGCCUCAGAGCACGCGGUGCUGAUUGGGGCGGGCAUUGGAAUCACGCCCUUCGCCUCCAUCCUGCAGAGCAUCCUGUACAGGCACCAGCAGAGGAAGCGAGUUUGCCCCAACUGCCAGCAUUCCUGGACUAGUGGCAUCCAGGACGAGGACAUGAAACUGCGAAAGGUGGACUUCAUCUGGAUCAACCGAGACCAGAGGGCUUUUGAGUGGUUUGUGAGCCUACUGACCAGGCUGGAGAUGGAGCAGGCCAAGGAAGCUGAGCGAGACCGCCUCCUGGAGCUGCACAUGUACAUGACCUCUGCCCUGGGCAAGAAUGACAUGAAGGCCAUUGGCCUGCAGAUGGCGCUCGACCUCCUGGCCGAGAAGGAGAAGAAGGACUCCAUCACAGGCCUCCAGACCCGCACGCAGCCUGGCCGGCCGGACUGGAACAAGGUGUUCCAGAAAGUGGCCGCUGAGAAGAAGGGCAAGGUGCAGGUCUUCUUCUGUGGCUCCCCAGCCCUGGCCAAGGUGCUGCGGGCCCACUGCGCGGACUUCCACUUCAGAUUCUUCCAAGAGAACUUCUAGCCCCUGUGCUCCGUGCUCAGCCCCCAGCCCAGACGGUUCAUCCGCUUCUCUGGUGCAAGUGCCCCACAGGGACCAGCCUCAGACCACCUGCCAGGCAGGACAAAGCCCAGGGACCACCUGAUCCUGCUCAACACGGAGACCCGGGCAAGGGGACUUCAGUGCAAACUUGCAUCAGAACCCAAGGAGGGGCUGGUGCUGUGGGGCAUAGUGGGCUUACUCUCUGCCUGUUGUGCUGACAUCCCAUAUGAGCGCCGGUUUGAGUCCUGGCUGCUCCACUUCCAAUCCAGCUCUCUGCUAUAUCCUGGGAAAGCAGUAGAAGAUGGCCCAAGUGCUUGGGCCACUGCACCCACCUGGGAGACCCGGAAGAAGCUCCUAGCUUCAGAUCGGCCCAGGGCCUCCAAGCAAGUGUUUCUCCAGCAGCAGCCCCGCCCCUGCUCGAUCAUCCAGUAACUUGGGAGAGGCACUCCCAGCAGCUUCUUAGGAAAAUUCCCAGAUGUACAGAAAGUGCAGAAGUGUCACCCAGCUGCGAGACGUCUCAGUUAACGCUCUGCCCUAGUGCUUCUUACCCACCAGUCCCUCCCUCUCGCACCUGCCAGUUUUUCUGACCUUCCUGGUCAUUUCAAAGUGGCUGGACAUUUGCCACUCAGCAUUUAGAUGCAGACUCCUGGGGCCCAUGCCCAGAGCGUCUGAUUGUGCAGGUGUAGGGGAUGAGAGCUGGAGUGUGUGUUUCCCCCAGAUCUGUCCUCAGAGGGAGACGUGAACAGCAUGCCCCCACCCCAGGUGUGUGUCUCAGUUUCCCUUCUUGCUGUUUGUGUUGGCCUCCUUGUUCUCUCUCUGGGAGCUGAUCAUUAGGGACACAAGGUAGAGACGGCCUCCGGGUGGGCUGUCGGUGCAGCCAUGGGAAGCCAUCCGCCUGUCAAUCAAGCAGGCUGGGAGGCAGAGCUCUGCUCAGCCGUGCUGUAUGGUGUAGCCUUGGCCAUCCCUCCCCCUCCUGCUCUGUGUGGUCUCUGUGUCUCUGCCCUUUCCUCUAGGCCCCUGUGUCCCCGGGCUGCAGCCCUUGUUCGCUCCUGUCUGGGCAGGAGUGGCUGGCAGAGCUGCACCUGCAGAGAUGGGGGCACCGCGAUCAGGGACAGACAGCACCCACCCUGCCCUCCCCACCCAGCAGCGCAUUUCCGUCUGCAGCCAGGCUGACCGGCCCUCCCCAAAGCCACUGGACUCGGGCAGGCGCCAGUGGUAUUGCAGCUGGCACCUUCGUUUUCCAUGGAGUGGAAGCCCCUGGCGGAGGGACAGGGAGAGAGGCUGGGUGGGGACCAUGGUGAUGGCAUCCCUAUUUCCAGGUGGGGCUGGGGCACAGGGAGGAACCCUGCAGGUGGCACUGAAACAAGAUGGAUGAGUGUGUUGGGGGGACCUGUUCCCAGAGAAUAGGCGGUGGGGAAGCUGAAGGGGGCCCUGGGGAAAGGGCAGAGCACCCCAAGGGCUGGGCAGACGUUCAAGUUUGUGGGGGAAAGAGGAGCUGGCGCUCAGCCCUCGUGAAGGAAGUAGCCACGGCAGGGUGGCUGG